AUGGCCUCAAUCACAGCAUUCCUUUUGUUCUCCACUCUUUUGCAGUUGCUCCUUGCACAAGUCCCUCCUCCCUGUGUCUUCCCAUUUAUUUACCAAGGAAAAUCCUACACUUCUUGCACUGAAGUUGCAAGUGCGAACCAGCCAUGGUGUGCCACAACUGCCAACUAUGAUAAAUUUCAGCAAUGGAAGUAUUGUUCCAGUAAAGAAUAUGGAGGUAAUUCUGGUGGACAACCCUGUGUAUUCCCCUUUGCUUACGAGGGCCAUACGUAUUACACUUGCACCAAUGAAGAUGCAGAAAUAGGAAGAUUCUGGUGUGCAACAACUGGGAGUUAUGAUAAGGAUGAGCAAUGGAGCUACUGUGCUGAUACCAGACUAGCUGCAAAUUCUCAGGGACCAUGUGUCUUUCCUUUCAUCUAUAGGGGAAUAUCCUACUCAGCCUGCACAACCGCUGGGACUUCUAAGGGAAAACUUUGGUGCUCUUUAACUUGGAACUAUGAUAGAGACCCAAAAUGGACUUACUGUACACCCUCAGAACCACUUCCUUGCAAGUUUCCCUUCAUUUUCAAUGGGAAGCACUACCAUGCCUGCACAAAAGAUGGUGCUUCUGAUGGCCUACUGUGGUGUGCCACAACUGCAGACUAUGACUGGGACAGUAAGUGGAAGGCAUGUGCUGUUCAAGAAUAUGAAGGCAGCUCUAAUGGCCAGGCCUGUGUCUUUCCCUUCAUUUAUAAGAAGAGAACAUUCAAUGCUUGCACCAAUGAAAAUGAAACCCAUGGAAGAUUUUGGUGUGCCACCACAAGGAACUAUGAUCAAGACCAGAAAUGGAGCUAUUGUGCUGAUACAAGACUGCACUCAUGAGGGCGUGUUGGUCAAGAGGUGGAAAUACAGUG